AUGCCGGAAGACGCGCUUCACUUGAUGAUAUCUGGACUGAGGGCUGUUGGGAGGCCCCAGGCAAAGUUUCCAGGGCAGGAAACAUGGCAUCCCACCGCGAUGGUGAGGUCAAGCUCCAUGCAGAACCAGAGGAAAGUGCUGAGGCUGACUGACUCGCUGUCUGAACGCGCGCAAAGCUCAGACUCGAAGGUGCUCCCAGCCACUGCACAGCAGGAGCAGGGCAGCGGGAGGAAGAAUGUCGGGUUCAAGGUGGCGAAGCUGAAGGAGGUGUUGGAAUACGGGCGAAGUCAGGAUCAUAACCAGAACUUCGGGCAAGGCAGGAGGACGGCAGGUGACGUCGAUGCCAAGGGUUUCUCUAUCGACUGCAUGCCGAUCUCCAAGGCGCCGUCUACAGAUGUCAUCCGAGAUAGGACGAGGAGGCAGUCGACCAUCGUCUUCAGCAGCAGCAGCAGCAGCAGCGAUCAAGGAGCGCAGAGGAAGGGGAUACAGGUGGAUGUAGAGCUCGAACGGCAGAAGGCAUUACAGAGGAUAGCGUUGAGGAAGGUGCAGGAGCAGGAGAGGCAGCAGGCUGAGAAGGAGCAGCUUGACAAGCGGAGGUCGGAGAAGAUCGAGAUGAAGAGGAUGAUGGAUGAAGAUGUGCAAAGACGGAGAGCUCAGGUGUACGCGCUGAACUACCUGAUGCAGCAGCAGGAGUGGGCGUCCUGGCAACAAUUUUCUGAGGAACAUCUCCAGUGA